UUCAUCAGUCACUGUGGGUCACGUGGAACCAAUGUUUACGGAAGCUGCAUCGGGCGAAGUUGAUAGAGGUUAAAAGUUGGCGAUAUUUUGCGUAUUCUCGGCAAUCAGCAUGCUCCUAAUAACGUGUUGAAGUUGUUUUUGUAGUGAUCGUUUUCCAGCUAACAUGCAGGCGGAAUCACCCGUAACGUCUCCGAAAUGUGAUUUGUUAGACUCGUGUGGUAAAUUUCGGGUGCUGGUUGGGGUCACGGGUAGUGUGGCAGCUCUCAAAGUGCCUCUGUUGGUCUCCCAACUCCUAGAGUUACCCGGGGUGGAUGUGCGUGUCGUCACUACAGAACACGCCAAGCACUUCUACGACCCAGCCGAGGUGGCUGUCAGCGUCUACAGCGACGCAAAUGAGUGGGAGCUGUGGAGCCAGCGUUCUGACCCUGUGCUGCACAUAGAGCUGAGACGCUGGGCUGACCUCCUCGUUAUAGCCCCUCUGGACGCUAACACACUGGGGAAGAUCGCCAGCGGCAUCUGUGACAACUUACUGACGUGUGUGGUGCGGGCCUGGGAUACCAGGCGUCCUCUACUCUUCUGUCCAGCGAUGAACACGGCUAUGUGGCAUCACCCCAUCACCUGCCGCCAGGUGGACAGCCUUAAAGAGUUCGGCUACGUUGAGAUCCCCUGUAUCGCCAAGAAACUGGUCUGUGGAGACCGAGGUAAAGGAGCCAUGGCAGAGGUGUCAACGAUCGUAGAUGUUGUGAACCAAUUCAUCCAGAAAGCUGCUGAGUCUCCUCAGGAAGGGGCAGGCCUGGUGCUGUGAAUAUGAAUAAACUGCAGAUAUUUAAACCCAGAUGGACUCCUAGACCCUAUGAACUUGUGGAGAUCUGAGAGGAUUUUGAUUGGAAUAGGUAGAAUGCUGAAACUUCCACCUAGCCUAUCAGAGGGCAAGGUGGAACUAUUACCAUAAUGACUGCGCCUGUGAAAUCUACAUAGAUCUGCUUAAAUCAAUCCCUAGGGUCUAGGGGUCCGUUUGGGAUUGGGCCAGGGUCUAGGGGUCCGUUUGGGAUUGGGCCAGGGUCUAGGGGUCCGUUUGGGAUUGGGCCAGGGUUUAGGGGUCCGUUUGGGAUUGGGCCAGGGUCUAGGGGUCCGUUUGGGAUUGGGCCAGGGUCUAGGGGUCCGUUUGGGAUUGGCCAGGGUCUAGGGGUCCGUUUGGGAUUGGGCCAGGGUUUAGGGGUCCGUUUGGGAUUGGGCCAGGGUCUAGGGGUCCGUUUGGGAUUGGGCCAGGGUCUAGGGGUCCGUUUGGGAUUGGGCCAGGGUCUAGGGGUCCGUUUGGGAUUGGGCCAGGGUCUAGGGGUCCGUUUGGGAUUGGGCCAGGGUCUAGGGGUCCAAUUGGGCCAGGGUCUAGGGGUCCGAUUGCGAUUGGGCCAGGGUCUAGGGGUCCGAUUGGGCCAGGGUCUAGGGGUCCGAUUGCGAUUGGGCCAUUGACACGAAGAUGAGGCAUUGAGAUGAAGAUUGCUGCAGUUAUUUGUGAUGUAAUCAUUUGAAUGUAAUGCACUGAUUUUAUUGAAGCCAAAUGUUAAAGAGACAAGAGUUUGCAAUAAAUGUUUGUAUUUUAAUUAUCAAGGAA